ACAGACCUGUAGGAGCUGGAGUGGGAGCCCAAGAGCACGAUUCUUCCUGAGUCCCUGGGUAAGAUGAACCUGCUUCUUUUCUUGGCUUUAGGGGGUUUCCUCGCCUAGUGGGGGGCAGGCGGCACCUAGAGAGUGGGUUUGGAGAGCCACUUUGUGAGUGACUUGGGCAUUUAUUUCAGCCCCAGUUGCAGUCUUCCCUGACUCUUGUGGUAUCAAGGCAUCCCCGGAAGCUUCAACUCUGGAGGCGAUGGGUCGAAAGGAAGAAGAUGACUGUAGUUCCUGGAAGAAACAGACCACCAACAUCCGGAAAACCUUCAUCUUCAUGGAAGUGCUGGGAUCAGGAGCUUUUUCAGAAGUUUUCCUGGUGAAGCAAAGGAUGACUGGCAAGCUCUUUGCCCUGAAGUGCAUCAAGAAGUCACCUGCCUUCCGUGACAGCAGCCUGGAGAAUGAGAUCGCGGUGCUGAAAAAGAUCAAGCAUGAAAACAUUGUGACCCUGGAGGACAUCUAUGAGAGCACUACUCACUACUACCUGGUCAUGCAGCUUGUCUCUGGUGGGGAGCUCUUUGACCGGAUCCUAGAGCGGGGUGUCUACACAGAGAAGGACGCCAGUCUGGUGAUCCAGCAGGUCUUGUCAGCAGUGAAGUAUCUCCAUGAGAAUGGCAUCGUCCACAGAGACUUAAAGCCUGAAAACCUGCUGUACCUUACCCCUGAAGAGAAUUCUAAGAUCAUGAUCACAGACUUUGGUCUGUCCAAGAUGGAACAGAGUGGUGUCAUGUCCACUGCCUGUGGGACCCCAGGCUAUGUGGCUCCGGAAGUGCUGGCCCAGAAGCCCUACAGCAAGGCUGUGGACUGCUGGUCCAUCGGCGUCAUCACCUACAUCCUGCUGUGUGGGUAUCCCCCUUUCUACGAAGAAACUGAGUCUAAGCUUUUUGAGAAGAUCAAGGAGGGCUAUUAUGAGUUUGAAUCUCCAUUCUGGGAUGACAUUUCUGAGUCAGCCAAGGAUUUUAUUUGCCACUUGCUAGAGAAGGACCCGAACGAGCGGUACACCUGUGAGAAGGCCUUGAAUCACCCCUGGAUUGACGGAAACACAGCCCUCCACCGGGACAUCUACCCGUCAGUCAGCCUCCAGAUCCAGAAGAACUUCGCUAAGAGCAAGUGGAGGCAAGCCUUCAACGCAGCAGCCGUCGUGCACCACAUGCGGAAGCUGCACAUGAACCUGCACAGCCCGGACGUCCGCCCCGAGGUGGAGAACAGGCCGCCCGUCACUCCAGCCUCGGAAGCCUCCAGACCCAGCUCCCCUGAGAUCACCAUCACCGAGGCACCUGUCUUGGACCAGGGCGUGGCACUCCCAGCCCUGACCCGGCUGCCCUGCCAGCACAGCCGCCGGCCCACUGCCCCCGGUGGCAGGUCCCUCAACUGCCUGGUGAACGGCUCCCUCCGCAUCAGCAGCAGCCUGGUCCCUAUGCAUCAGGGGCCCCUGGCCGGCGAGCCCUGCGGCUGCUGCUCCAGCUGCCUGAGCACCGGGAGCAAAGGGAAGUCCUCCUACUGCUCCGAGCCCACGCUCCUCAAAAAGGCCAACAAAAAACAGAACUUCAAAUCAGAGGUCCUGGUGCCUGUGAAAGCCGGUGGCAGCUCCCACUGCCGGGCAGGGCAGACUGGGGUCUGUCUCAUCAUGUGAUCCCUGGAGCCUGUGCCCGUGUCACUGCACCUUUCAGGAGAGAUGUUCAACUCUUCUCCGCCCUUCCAAACAUGGCGUCUACCUGGCAGAGCGAGGACAGAAGAGCAAGUGGAGCAGGGCCUGGCAGGAGCCGGUUCUGGUCAGAAGCACCAGCCCCUUAAGGAGGCCCGGGAGGAAGCCCCAAGGCACGGAGGCCUCAGUUGAAGCUACGGGCAGGAGGAGCAGCACCCGCCGGCUUCCAGGUCCCCCUGACCUGCCUGCUCUCUGCCCCUACACCCCACGUACCGUGGCUCUGUGCAGCGUGCGUAGAUAGCUCUCGCCUGGGUCUAUGCUGUUUGUCGUGAAAAGCUUAAUGGGCUGGCCAGGCUGUGUCACCUCCUCUAAGCAAAGCCAUAUGGAGCAUCCACCCAGCCCCCGCUCUGCACACGCUCCGUCCUCAUGGCCAGAAUGGGCUCAUUGACGUAGUUGCCUGCCCAUCUGCAUGAACGACAGGCAGCUCCCCAUGGUCUGCCGUGAGCUCUCGAAGUUCUGAUCCUUAACUGCGGGCUAAUUCUCACCCACGCUGAGACCCAGCCAGCCAGCUCCCGGGCACACUUCUGUCCCCUCCCUCUGUGCCUCAAUCUAAAAGCAGUGCCGCACCCUCCAGGGUGGAAUCGAAAGACACUCACGACUAGGGACUGUGAGGAAUUCUCGCCCUGGCCACAUGCCCUCCACGCACACAACCAAUUACCUUAACGUUGGAAGUUGACUAUUUUACUUUCAGCCAGGAAUUCUAAUCCCGCCUCUGUUUCCCUUUCUCUCCUUGAAAGACAGGCACGUGUUCUUGUCCCUCCCCAGUUCCCUCACUGUCCCCCGCCCCCUCCAGCUUCAUGCUCAGUGUUGUGCACAAUAAAAUGGACAUAUUUUUCUCU